UUUUUCGAGUUUUCAUCAUCUUUAAUUCAUUUCAAAAAUGGUCGCAGUGGACACUACAGUAAUCCAGAAACCUCGGACAAGUAAACGUAAAAAUCCAAUGCGUGAACUUCGUAUCCGUAAAUUAUGUCUAAACAUUUGUGUGGGUGAAUCAGGCGAUAGACUUACCCGGGCAUCCAAAGUGUUGGAACAAUUGACCGGUCAAAGUCCGGUAUUCUCAAAAGCUCGCUACACUGUUCGAUCAUUUGGUAUUCGUCGUAAUGAAAAAAUUUCCGUUCAUUGUACUGUACGUGGGCCGAAAGCGGAAGAAAUUCUUGAAAAAGGAUUAAAAGUAAAAGAAUAUGAAUUACGUAGAGAAAAUUUCUCGGAUACUGGGAAUUUCGGUUUCGGUAUCCAGGAACAUAUCGAUUUAGGUAUCAAAUAUGAUCCAUCGAUCGGUAUCUAUGGUUUGGAUUUUUAUGUUGUAUUGGGUAGGCCUGGAUUCAGUAUCAAUCAACGUAAACGUAAAGCUGGCCGUAUUGGUUCAUCACAUCGUUUGACAAAAGAAGAUGCUAUGAAAUGGUUUCAAGAAAAAUAUGAUGGUAUCAUUUUACCAACAAGAAAAUGAAUGAAAAUAUAUUUUGUUCCAAAAAAUAAUCCA